AUGGAACUCAAACAUUUUAGCCAUGAACAUCCUCUGAUGUUCAUCCAAAAGCAAAUUCAUGCACCUACUGCAGAUUCAUCCUCUGGUGAAGAAGAAGAAGAAGCAGCAUAUUGCUGUCUAUGUGAGGAUCGAGUUGAGGGUCCUAGCUACUGCUGCACCGACUGCCGGUUUUAUCUUCACAAAACAUGCGCGGAGUUUGAGUUAGCCCUCGAGAUUAAUCAUCCUUUUCACCCCAAACACCCUUUCAUUCUUCUACCAAAACCACCACAUCGUGUUGGUAUAUUCCUAUGUUGGUUUUGUCACAUGGGUCGUCGGGGAUUUGGUUAUCACUGUGCUCUUUGUAAUUUCAAUCUUGACGUCAAUUGUGCUUUGUUUCAACUAUCUAUGGUUGGAAACUUUCCGACACUCGUGAACGUUUUAUCCACAAGUAUCCAUUGA